UAGGGUGUCGGGAACGACACGAGCGGGUCCGACCGAUCGGCGGACCGCGAGGACUACCGCUCCAGAACGGCGCUUCGAGAACUCGUUCGGGAGUUGGAGGAGGACUCGCCAGGCCAUGGAUCCGGAUUUGGAGGGUUCAGAAUGUCUCAACUUCAGCACGGACAUCUUUGGCAACUACAACUUCUCCGAGAAUGACAUGCCGCCACUACCGGCCCUGGAGACCGGCCACGUGAUUAAGAUCGUCUUCUACGCUGCAGUCUUCAUCGGCUCUCUGGUGGGAAAUGUCGGCGUCAUCGUCAUUGUCGCCACAUCUCGACGCAUGCGCAGUGCGAUCACUGCCUAUCUUGUCAACCUUGCCGCCGCCGACAUCAGCAUACUUCUGCUCUGCAUGUGGGUUCAUUUGGUUCAAGAUAUAUCCAGACACCGGCAUUACCCACUUGGCGCCUUUUGGUGCCGUUUCAACGGCUUCGCGCAGAUGACCGCGCUGACAGCCUCGGUGCUGACGCUGACCGCUAUCGCCUGCGACCGAUUCGUGGCGGUCAUGUUCCCACUGCGGGCUCGUCGCUCCCAGACCGGCCGUCGAGUCGGUAUCAUCAUCGCCGGUAUCUGGGUGGUGUCCAUGGCUGCCGCGCUGCCGCUGCUGAUACACAGACAUCUGCUGGAGAUACAGUGGAAGAACGCGAUUGAAUAUUCUUGCCAGGACAAUUGGCCCACCACGUAUGAAUAUAGCGAAGAGGCUGGCGGAUGUCUGCUGACCCAGAAAUACAAACACAUGUAUCAGACCCUGGUGGCCGUGGCUCUGUUCUUCGCUCCGAUUGCAGUCAUGGGCGGCGCCUACACGCUGAUUGUCUGGCGUUUGUGGCUGUCGCCCUUUCCCAGUCAAGGAAUGGAGUCUCAGAUACACCAGAGCAAUGGAUCAAAAAAGAGGGUGGUGAAGAUGGUGGUGCUGGUGAUGGUGGUGUUUGUGCUCUGCUGGCUGCCGCUGCAGGUUAUCAGCCUGUACUCCAUGUUUGCCAUCGAUACGGGCCACAGCGCGCCGCCUUAUUGGUUCGAGAGCGUCCACUUCUUGGCGUACUUCAUGGCCUACAGUAACUCGCUGUGGAACCCGAUCCUGUACGGCGGCUUCAACGCCAGCUUCCGCCAGGGAUUCGUCAGGCUCUUCCUGUGCCGUCGGCCGUCCUUCAGCCGUCGCUUUAGCCGGUCACGUGAUAAGAAUGGGUACACGGCUGCUCUCGUGCAUCUGAUGCCUCACCAUGGAACCAGUUCCCGGCGUACGCAAAUGACUACCGUACGAUGAGAGAUGAAUCUCACACGGCGAGAACUGAAUCUCACACGAUGAAAACUGUCUCACAUACGGUGAGAACAGGGUCUCACGCGGUGAGAACCUGUGAGAGAUGGACUUCGUUAGAGUCGCCGUACUCCGAAGAUGCCAUUAGUCCCGGAAAGUGGAGCAGUAACUGCCAGACUUCCACUAACUUCCGCGCCAGAUCCAGGAAAUGAAGAAAGUGGGGCUCAUCCUCGGACACCACGUGAUGUGAGCGCGCCACGUGAGGGAUAAUUGUCACGUUAUGUCUGGUCACCACGUGAUGUGAUCUUACCACAUAAUGUCCGGUUACCACGUGAUAUGAAAUCGUCAAGUAGCUCCAGGUUUCCGUGUGCAGCUACAAUCGCCACAACAAAUCAGUCUGGGAUCUGAGUGAGCUCAUUAGAAUCAACCUAUCAAACUGAUUUAAAUAUGGGUCCGGUAUGAUCCAAUGCUCGACUGAGAUGCUACGAGGUCUUGUGCACUUCUGAUUAGUCUUGCGGAAUUCAGAAGAACUAUGCAGAUGACUGACGGAUGAGAACGCGUAUUUAUGUCACGGAGUUAACCACUUCACUUUGCUUAUUCAGCUAUUGAAUUAGAGUUGUUUGUUUAACGUUACAAUGAGUUUCUUUGCUUUACCGUCGGCAACAAAAUACAUUCAUGGUAGCUUGCUGGUGGGACAACUAACAUAAUUAGCUCCUAAACUUCAGCCCACAUGAAAUUAUGUGCUGCAAUAAUGCAACGGAGGCGAUUAUGUACGAAACAAAUGUGCCAGGAACGAGAAAAUAUACCACCAAAACGCGACCCGGGCAAAAAGAGUAAACAAGUUUAUUGAGAGCCAUCCUGACUUGACUUCCAUCAGCAAAUACUACAACGAUUUUUAUAUGGAUAAACAACAGCUGAGAGCAUUUGUUUAUUUUGACAACUAAGUGCUGAAAAGGCAUAGAAUAGUGGAGCAGGCGAUUGGGCACUUAAUGCAUAUGCAUGGAUAUUUAAUUUCAUAGGGCUAAGCUAAGGUGUCAAACAAUCUCCUGCUUAUAAUCUUUCUUGCUGCCAUUGAUUUUUCAUCACAAUAGGAGGCAAAAACUACCGAUAGGGUCGAAUUUUUCUCCUCAAUCUUAUUUAAUCUGCGGCCAUGAAAUCACUCAAGAUUUCUGCAAGUGGCCAUAAUAAUCAACUAUGAUCCUUCUUAAGUGGUACUUUUAUGGAAAACUUAGGAGAGAAAAGAUGUUCGAGAAGUCGUGCUAGAACCAGUGGCGACAGAAAUUGUCGUUUUCUCUAUUCUGUCACCGUAAUAAAUUUUAUUAUCGAAACCAACGAUGACACUUAGCCCAAUGUAAUCUCGUUAAUGUCAAACCAAUUGAAUUUGUGGUGGCUCGCACAGCGCAUAACGCUCAAUGUUGUAAGAGUCGACGCAUAAUUCGACAAAGUAGCCUGACUUAAAACCGCCAAAGUCUGACGAAGGCUGUCCGGCCCUUGCUUUUUCUGUGAAAAUACUACCAACCUCUUUUCUGUAAAUAUAACUGUAAAAAUAGGUGCUUAGUUUGUGUCAUACACGGUCACCAUCGUUUAUCUCCUCGAGAGCUUCAGUGUCACCGGUUGAACUCCCGGUGUGUAGCGUGGAAACGCAUGGUGCAUUUAGAACCAGCAUUGCUGCAUGCUAGCGAUUGCGAUUGAUAGCGAUGCAAAUCGAUUAUGUGAUUCCAAUUGAUUGGCAGCAUAACUACCUGUGCUAACGAAAGUGAAAAGCCCCAGUUUUAUGUGAAGCCUCCAGCACCCUGUUUUUAUCAGUGCCAUGUUACCAAGUGUGGUCUUAUUUCUAACUUUUAGGUAGAUACAGGUGUUCUCGAAUUAUGUGAGUAAGGUGAGCUAUCCAUCAAAAUGAUUGUGUCUCAUUUAAGGACAAUGAGACAAUGUACCGCUGGCUGAUUCUCUGCGAGAGAAGAUGUAAGGCACUAAGGCAGCUUUCAACAAUGACCUGACUUGUGUCGAAUGCGAGUACAAAGACGAGUACAUGUUGAUAAAAAGUUGACCUAAAAAUGAACCAGAUAUCGUAUUUUUCGCUAGGUGUGAAACACUCCUUAUGCCUGA